GACAUGCUCUGAAUCUAUCUGCGUCCUUUGUGUUCCCUCACCUCCCCUGCAACUCCAUUCCCACUCUUCCACCUUUCCUCGUUCCUUCCUUUACUCGCGUGCUCUCUGCCAAGAAGCCAACCUUAAUCAACUACAUCCGCAACAAGCAGACAAGGAAAGAGAGAGCAGACCGACCGACCGAGUUCAAAGAGAGGAAGAAGGCAGCUCAUCUGCCCCUCUCUUUCUUAGAUAGGCAGGCGGAGCAAUCCGGUUUGGUCGUUGCGGCAAUUCCCACCCUCAAGCCCUGCGCUGUCUUCCCGACAUGCCGACGAGGAGACGGGAGGGGUAGGGAGAGAGGAGGUGAUGGAGAGGAGCGGAGGAGAGAGCGAGCGAGAGGGGAUGGCGGCUGCGGAGGAGAUGCUGGUGGCCGUGCGCCAGGGGAAGAAGGGUGGAGGAGAGAAGAAGGAGGAGGAGGAGGAGGAGCCCAGCAUCCAUGCCGACAAGCUUAACUGCGACAUUUUUUCCAUCCUGGAAAGCAAGUUCCUCUUCGGCUACGAUGACCACCAGCUCUGGGUCCCAAAAGCGUCUCCUUUACACGCAUCCGACGCCGACAUGACGGUGGCGCCUGACACCGGCGCGGCUGUGCCGUCCCCGGUCAGGAGCCAGAGGGGCAAGGUCUGCGUGCUCUGCAUCGAUGGAGGCGGUGGCGGCGCGAUGCGAGGGAUACUCCCGGGAAAGGCCCUCGCGUACCUCGAGCAUGCCCUUAGGUCCAAGUCCGGCGACCCCGACGCCAGGAUCUCCGACUACUUCGACGUUGUUGCUGGCACCGGCGUCGGGGGCGUCUUCGCCGUCAUGCUUUUCGCCACUCGCGAUGGCGCCCGCCCACUCUUCCGCGCUGACGACACCUGGCGUUUCCUCGCCGAUCACGGCAAGCGCCUCUUCCGAAAGGCGUCUACUUCUUCUCCGACCUCCCCCACGCCGUCUCAUGGGUUCUUGUGCGGAGUGUUCCAAGGCGGGGGCGGCGGAGGGACCGCGACGGCGGCCAUGGAGAGGGUCAUGAAGGAGGCUUUCGGGGAUAGACUGACGCUGCGCAAUACAGUGAAGCCGGUGCUGAUCCCGUGUUACGACCUGCAAAGCUCCGCCCCGCUCGUCUUCUCGCGCGCCGACGCCCUGGAGAGCGAGAGCUUCGACUUCCGGCUGUGGGAGGUAUGCAGGGCCACGUGGGCGGAACCAGGCAGGUUCGAACCGGCGGAGAUACGGUCGGUGGACCGCUCCACGACCUGUGUCGGUGUCGACGGCGGGCUGACGAUGAGCAACCCGGCCGCGGCGGCCAUCACCCACGUCCUCCACAACAAGCAGGAGUUCCCCUUCGUCCGCGGCGUCGAAGACCUUAUGGUCCUCUCCCUCGGCUGCGGCACGGGCAGCGGCACCACCGUCGUGCCGGAGACGGACCAGCGCAGGCUACGGCGGUGGGGUGCCAGGGAGUGGGUCCGGCCCAUCACGCGGAUCGCCGCCGACGGCGCCGCGGACCUGGUGGACCAAUCCGUGGCGCUGGCCUUCGGGCCGUACCGGAGCUCCAACUACGUCCGAAUUCAGGCAAACCCUUCAACCAUGGGGAGGUGUGGAGUGGACAUGGAUUGCGACGCAAGCCCUGCAAAUGUGGAGGUACUGUUGGGGGCAGCUGAAGAAAUGCUGAAGCAGAAGAAUGUGGAGUCGGUGCUAUUCAGCGGGAGAAGGAUCGGAGAGGAAACAAAUAUGGAGAAAUUGGAUUGGUUUGCAGGGGAGCUGGUGCUGGAGCACCAGCAGCGGCGCUGCCGGAUUGCUCCCACGGUUGCGUUCAAGCAAGCAACUUCCAAGUCCAACUAGAGUUUUUGAUUGGCCUGCGAGUAAAAAGCUAAUCUUUCUUUCCUUUUCUUUUUCACUCCUGUCAUUUGCUGGAUCCUGCUGGUUUUUGCAUAGCAGAAUAGCAUUGAUCUCCAUAGGAAUUCAAGACGGUGAAAAGAAAUUGUCGAAUGUUUCAUUACUAUGGAACACCUUUGUUGUCUCA